AUGAAGGCGAUCAUCUUAGCUCUGGUUCUCAUUGGCGCCGCCUACAUCAGCGCCCAAGGUGAGCCAUGGUGUCGCUGCGCCCUGUUCGUGUCCUCCUCGCACGCUGAGUGGAUGGUCUACGAGCUGCCCGAAGUCGCCAUCACCGACUGCGAGAGCCACAACCAGUGCAAGAACCGCUGCACCAAAGAGUUUGACGAGAUGACGAACAGCAUGGACUUGUGGUCAACCUUUAACAACGCCACGGUCGGCCAGUACAUCUGCGAAGAACUGUAUUCGCAUUUCAUCUUCUUCGUCCAUAACUCCUACGUCCACGCCUACUACGAGAUGUGUGGAGGACCCUGGGAAUACGCCGGCCUCGACUCCCAACAGAUGCUGUGCUGCGAUAGGGGAGAGCAUAAGCACUGCAUCUCGUAAAAGUUAUUGCAGUUAACUCUGAUUUCUUUCAAUGCAGGCUCCUAUUGACACUGUUCUUUAGAAACUUAUGAAUAUAUUAGCAAAGUCAA